AUGCUCUCAUUCUAUCUCUAAAAAUAUAAAAAUUUUAGAUUUGAACUUGAAUUUUGUUUAAUGAAGGCUAUAGAUAAUGUGUUAAGAUCUUUAGUAGAUUAUUAGAAGAUUGUAAUCCAAAAUCUAAGGUACUGUAAAAAAUAAGGGAUUAAGCUAAAUGUUUUUUAAUUUAAAAGGAAAUUAUAUAAUUAACCAAGUAAUUCCAAAUCCAUAAAUGAGAAUUACUUAAAUUAAAAUGUUGGCUGAGAAAAUGAAAUAAACAUAUUAAAAAUGAUAGUAUAAUUUCUUAUUUAAAAAAAAAAACAUUUUAGGGAUAUUGAAUAAAUUUGUAUAGUUAUAGAUUAAUAGAUUGAUUAGCAAUAAUAAUAAUAAUAAGGAAAUGAUUUAACAAUAAAGAUAAUUAGAAAUUAUUUAAGAAGAAAAUGAAUAAAAUCUUACUCCUAAAUAAUAAUUAAAAUCUCAUUUUUCAGCAUGUAGUGAUUCAGAAUUUUAAACAUUAUAAGAAGAUUGUUCAAAAACAAUAACUUAAAUUAUAUAAAAUUCUCUUGCUCAAUCUUUAAGUUAAGCUGAUAUUAAGUAAAUUCUUGAACCUGAAUAAUAAAUCUCAUUACAACAUCGUUAAUCAGUUGAUAUCAAUUAAUAAAUAGUAUAAUAUACUGAAGAGACAACUAAAAAAUUUUAACUCUUUUUCUAAUUUUAUGAGGAAUCUAUUGAUAAUUGGGAAUGUGUUACUACUAAGGAUGAUAUUUAUAUAAAAUAAUGA